AUAGUAUCCAAGAGAAAAAUGCUGAGACAAAAAUUGUCGGUCAGUGAACUCUACUCCCACGCCUUAUGCCGUCUUUCCCGGCGUUACAGCCUCUUCCGAAUAUGAAUGAGAACAUGCUUUAUAUACUUCUUUUUCCCCCGCCCAGGCCAAGCUCCCGGUGAAGCCGUACGUGGAGCGUCUGCCCUUCAACCUACACACCAGAUUCAACUCCAGCACCGUUCAGGGCAGGGCCAACGUUGCCAAGGCGACGAUGGCGCUGGUCUCUGUGGCAUCGCUGGGAGCCUACAUCCUCGCUCCCUCUGUGGUGCGGGCAGUGACUCCCGCGCCCACACUCACGCCCACAGACUCGCCCGCAACACCCAGGGCGAAGACAGGCUCUCAGACAGAGACUGUAUAAAGGAAAAGAGGGUUGCGCUGGUGUUCGAAACCGGGGGUGGAGCUAACCGAAACAAGGAAAUGGGAGUUUUGUGGAAUCCAUUUUUUCCGAACAUUGCCAGCUAUUACUUGUUCGGAUACAAAAUUGGGUAUUUGAAACUUGGCCUCCAUGUCCCAAUGUCCUUUUGA